UCUCAUUAGAUCUUCUUAGCGUUUUUUUCUUUAUUAAAAUUGUGGGGGAGGAUUGAGAAUGUUCGUUGCAAUAACAACAAAGAGAAUCCAAGCUGUGACAGAAGUUGGGCAGAUUAAAAUGAAUGUUGGAUUCGCUGCACACUACCAACUAACGCAAGUUUGCCAGGCUGAGUAUUUCCGUCAGUUGCUAAAACCUAUUACGUAGUCUAGAAUCAAGUGACGUUGGUUUAGGGAGUAUUUUCCUUGUGUUGGCGUCAUCUACUGGAAGGCUGCAGAAGAGAUAAUUAGUGUUGAUUGGAGGAAGCAGCCAUCUUUUGUUAAAAUGCAUUCAGCUUAGUGCCUACUUUCUUCCUUUCCUUCCGUUAGGAACUUCCGUCAGCUUUAAGAGAGAAUAAUUGCCAGUUGCAAAGGCCAAGACAGAAUCACUUGCUGGGAGCUUACUGAUCAGGAACUGAACUUUGCCAUGCAGAAUCACGAGUAUAUUUACCCUGAGAAGUUCGUUCUCCCUUUGGUGCAUGAAGCAGUUGACACUUAUUUGCAUAGUCCUCUUGAUGCAGUUUUACCUUCCGGUGCUAGGCAGAUAACUCCCUUUGAAAGAGUUGAACUGCAACCCUCUGAGGUUUGCCCAAAGAAUUUCAUUAUCUUUGAUCAGACUGAUAACCGGAGCAGAAUUUUGUUCCAUCCUGCAAUGGCCAACAAAUUUAGUGGCCCUGGCUUGAAUGUUCAUGCUACCUAUAAUCGAGACUCUGAGAAAAACGAAGUUAAUCCUGUGGAAGGAGAGUUAUCAUCUCCUUUUGAAGAGGAUUCUGAGGACAUCAAUGCAUUGUUGAGCUUGGAUGGAGAAGAGCUAGAUGACCGUGAUGAGGAAGAAGUCAGCACAGCAAGGACUAACGAAAAUUAUGAAAGUAUUUGUGACACUUGCUCCAGUUAUGGCUCAAAAUCAAAGAAGAGAUCAUCAUCAUCUGUUCAAAAGUCGUCUAGGACCCAUGGUCACUGCAGCAACCCUGAAAUUAAGCACUGGGAAAUGAAGAGAAUGAUCAGGGUACUGAGAGGGAUUGUGCCUGGAGGCGGUGAGCAAAUGGAUUCUGUCACUGUUUUAGAUGAAGCUGUGAGAUACCUUAAGUCUCUCAAGGUGGAGGCUGAGAAACUUGGAGUUGCACCUUAAAAAUCUUGGUUGGAAACUUCGACUGUAUUCCUGUGGCAAUAAUCGAAAUUUAUCUGUCACCCUCUAUGAAUA